CCGGUGGUGUGAUUUCUGUGAGCUUGACAGAGCGGAGUUCUGCUCCCAGUCGUUCAGUUCCAGACGCGAUUCGGUUCACAUUGGUUCAGUUCGGUUCUUGUGGAUUCCAGCUGUUCCGAACAGAUGGAACAACAUUGUCUGUGAUGGCCGUUAUUGUUCCCGGAUGUGGAGGAGACAGAGCCCGGUUCAGAGCCCUCUCUGGUCGUGAUGGCCUCGUUGGAUGGAAACACAGCAGUUGAGACACUUCUGGCAGUGAUCCAUCUGGAGAGGUACCUGGACACCUUCCUCCAAGCCGGCCUGCUGUUAGCUAAAGACUUCACACACUUGGAUCACGAUGCUUUGGUGAGCCUGGGAAUAACUGCUACAGGACACAGAAAGAGGAUAUUACGUGUGGUCAGUCACAUGCAAAGAACUCAUGACCGAACACGACCAGUAGGUCAAAGAACCAAUCAGGAAGCAGCGGCUGAGCUAAUGUGGGACUGCUGUCAAUCUCUCAAGAACACCUAUUUGUCUGAAGGAGGUUCAGCAGUGGGAUCAGUUCACAUUGAGAAAUCCCAAAGCAAUUCUUCUCCUGUCUCUGAUGCCAUGGCAACAAACCUGAGUUCUGUAGAUAUUAACAGCAACAACACGGUGAAAACUGUCCACAAACCGGUUCCCAAACCCAGAACUGUUUUCAAUCGACGACGGACAGCACCAGUCCAGUUCUGUCCAACCCCAGACCCUGUGCUGCCACCGCCAAGGAGGCUUUCCCAGGAAUCCAUCUGUUUUACUGUUUUGGAGGACUUGAUCUCAGGGGACAUGUUUACAUCUGAUGAUAACCUGACGCCUGACAAAACCAAACCGUUCAACCAAAACCAGAAUUGGGUGGAAAGGAGGCUGAGUCAUAGCUUAAUUUUAUCAGAGUCAGACGGACCUUUGCCUCCUGUUCCUCCGAGGCUGAACCAUGGCGUCACCUCCACCAUGUUCCAGAGUUCUCUGCCCUCGUUGGUUUCUUCACCUCCGUUGUCUCCACAAGCUUCUGUCCCUGCGUAUCUUGACCACAGCAGGGAUUCUGGAUCCUCACCUUCUGCUUCACCCAGGACCAGCAGCAUAGAGAUGGUCUCUAAUGACAUCUACUGGGGAACGUUACAGGGCUGUACUGCCCCUGGUGGAGGUAGGAGUUACUGCAGUUUGCAGUCACCUCCUCCAGUCCUGCCAAGACAAACGCUGGAGAAGAACCUUGAAAGAAACAGUUGCGGCACUUUGAGUAACGAUUCUUCAUGCUCGGCCAGAGUUUCGACGGAUGACCCCGAGGACGAGAUCACGCCUUACUGUGAAACCGUUUUCCAAACCCGGAGGGACCACCAGCUCAGCGAGGCUGAAAGUGGAAAAAUGGUGGGAGAGGACGCGAGUAAGGAGAAGGAGAAGGCCGCCGAGGCUCAUGGGUCAUACAAGCUGUCCUGGGCCAAGCAUUUCUCUCAGGCCGUGCACUGUGGCGAGGCUCAGGGUUAUAGCACCGUUGGUGAAGCCUUGCCGCUCCGCAGCUUUCCCCCCGAGGCCGACGAUGACCUGACCAUCUCUCCCUACGCCAGCUACACCUCUCUGAAUGAACGGGCGCCGCCUAUCAUCUGUGGCUGGCUGGACAAGCUGUCGCCUCAGGGGGGUCAAAGGUCAGUGCUGACUGUGCUGCAGCUCCUCCUCCUCCUCCUCUCUCCACCCUGUGUCUCCUCCCUCCUGAGGAGCUGCCUCUUUCUCAUCACAUCCUCGUCUUCUUCGUCCUUUGCCACCUCUUCAUCAUCCACUUGGAACUAUGUUUUCCAGAAGCGCUAUGUGAAGUUUGAUGGCAAAAACCUGAUGUACUUCGGCAGUGAGAAGGACGUAUAUCCUAAAGGAGUGAUCCCAUUGGCUGCCAUGCAGAUGACCCGCCCAACCAAAGACAAUAAGUUUGAGAUUGUGACGAGUCACAGGAUCUUUGUUUUCCGCACCGAGAAUGAUGUGUUAAGGCGUCGUUGGGUUUCGACACUGCAGGCGCACAUCAGAGAGCAGCUGGUGUUUGGUCGCCGAUGUUUUGGACCCGGGUCACACUGCCAGAAACACGGAGCGCUGGAGCUGAAAGGAACCAAAUCCAAAGUCUACGCCGCUGUCAACACGGAGCAGAUCUGGCUUUACAAGAGUGAACGCUCUUUUCGUAAUGGAAUCGCCAUCACUGUGAUCGAGGCUCAUGGAGCAACAAUCAGAGAUGGGAAGCACAAGAGCUUUGACCUCAUCACGCCGUACAAAACCUUCAGCUUCACAGCCGAGUCGGACUCAGAGAAACGGGAGUGGAUGGAGGCGCUGCAGGAGUCGAUAGCAGAGACACUGUCGGAUUACGAAGUGGCUGAGAAGAUCUGGUCCAACCGUUCCAACAGAACCUGUGCUGACUGCAGGGCCCUGAACCCGGACUGGGCCUCCAUCAACCUGUUUGUGGUCAUCUGCAAGAACUGUGCAGGCCAACACCGCAGUCUGGGAACAAUGGUGUCCAAGGUUCAGAGCUUAAAGCUGGACACGAGUGUGUGGAGCAACGAGAUCGUCCAGCUCUUUAUCAUGUUGGGGAACGACCGCGCCAACGAGUUCUGGGCGGCCCGGCUGUCGGCGUGCGAGGCUCUGGACUGCGACGCCACGCCUGAGCAGCGCAGAGAGUUCAUCACCCAGAAAUACAAAGAGGGCCACUUUCGCCUCGCUCACCCAAGCUUCAGCACACAGGAUGAGCUACUCAAGGUGUUAUGUACUGCUGUCACUGAGCAGAAUCUCCUGAAAACUGUCACUCAGAUCUUCUUGGAGGCGGAGUCUGCUCACCUGUCUGAUGUCUCUAACACGGAUCACAGUCCAGCAGGAGGUUCAGACCCCAGCGUGUACGAUGAGAUCAUGCAGCCCGUUCUUCACUCUGGUUACCUUUACAAGUCGGCUUCAGUCCACAAAGGCACUCUGUCCAGAAAAACCAGAGAAGACUUCCAGAAGUUCUGGUGUUCUGUAGAUCAGUCUCUGCUGUUGUACGAGUCAGACCACUCAGCUGAUCCCUGCAUGCAGAUCGGCGUUAAAGAUAUCGUCUGUUUGGGUGUCAGUCGACCCAACUCCAUCAACAACGGCUUCAUUGACAGGUUUCGUUACACGUUCGAGUUGUACUUGACCUCAGAGAAGCUUUACCUGUUUGGGCUGGAGACAGCAGAUGCUCUACACAGCUGGACUAAAGCCAUUGGAAAGGCAGCGACGCCACUAAGCUGUCACUGCCUCCUGACGCGAGAGUUUGAACGUGUUGGCUUGCUUCGCUACAGAGCCAUGUUGGACCCACAGGAGUGGAAGGAGGCCUACUUUGUUCUUCAGAAGUCCAACCUCUUUGUAUGUCCUCAGAAUGAUAGUGCUGCCGAGGAUAUCAUCAACCUCAAGCGCCUGCAGGAGCUCAGUGUUACCUCAGAGACUGAGAACCACGAGAAGAAGGACAUCCUGGUUUUAGUGGAAAAAGGAAGGACUCUUCAUUUGCAGGGGGUGGGGCAGUCUGAUUUUUCACUCUGGCACGCGGACAUCCAGCGAGCGGCCGGUGGAAAGGGAAAUGCGCUGCGCGAGCAGCAGCUGAGCAGAAACGACAUUCCCAUCAUCGUGGACAGCUGCAUUUCCUUCAUCACACAGUAUGGUUUGGGCCACGAGGGGAUCUACAGGAAGAACGGCGCCAAAUCCAGAAUCAAACUGCUGAUGGAAGAGUUCCGGAAAGACGCCCGAAAUGUCAAGCUGCGUAUCGGAGACCAUUUCAUUGAGGAUGUGACUGACGUCCUGAAGAGGUUCUUCAGAGAGAUCGAUGACCCAAUCUUCAUGGCUGACUUUCACCCACUGUGGCAGGAGGCCGCCAAAAUCCCCCAAAAGAGGCAGAGACUGGACCGCUACAAAGAGAUCAUCCGCAAUUUACCUCGAGUCAACAGAACCACUCUGGCGGCUCUCAUCAGUCACCUGUACAGGGUCCAGAAGUGUGCCGGGCUGAACCAGAUGUGCACUAAGAACCUGGCGCUGCUCUUCGCCCCCAGUCUGUUCCAGACGGACGGGAAGGGCGAGCACGAGGUGAAGAUUGUAGAAGAUCUGAUCGACAAUUACCUGUGCAUCUUCGACAUCGAUGAGGAGCAUCAGACGCAGAUCGAGCUGGAGAUCAGCCUCAUCACCACCUGGAAGGACACUCAGCUUUCUCAGGCAGGUGAUCUGAUCAUUGAGGUCUAUUUGGAGAUGAAGAUCCCAGACUGCUGCAUUACUCUCAAAGUUUCUCCCUCCAUGUGUGCUGAAGAGCUAACCAAUCAGGUUUUGUAUCUGAGAAACGUCCCGGCUGGAGACAAAGAUGUUUGGAUGACAUUUGAGGCUGUCGAGGAUGGACAGCUGGAGCGGCCGUUACACCCCAAAGAGAAGGUCCUGGAACAGGCGCUGCAGUGGUGUGAAAUGGCCAACCCAAGCUCUGCGUACCUGGUGGUGAAGAAGGUUCCUAGAAAAGAAGGAAUUAACAUCCUGACAUCCUACAGGAGUGAGGUCAUGAAGAUCGGCUUGUUGAAGUGCCGCGAGGAGCCUCCAAAGUUUCUACAAGGCAAUAAGUUCCAAGAGAGAACCUUCCAGAUCAGAGACCAUAAGCUGGUGCUUCUUAAAGACAAGAAGAGCAUCAGGCCGGAGAAGGAGUGGCUUCUGAAGAACAUGAAGGUUUACAUCGGCAUCCGCAGGAAGCUUAAAGCACCGUCACGGUGGGGCUUCACGGUGAUGUCGGACAAACAUCAGCUGUAUCUGUGCUGCAGCUCUGAAGUCGACCUCUGGAACUGGAUCACCAGCUUCCUCAAGGCUAAGAAUGAUGAUCCCGGUCCUCCUGUGCUGAGGCGCCAUUCCUCCUCCUCCUCAGAUAUCUCCAAGCAGAGGUUUGGAACGAUGCCGCUCGUCCCCAUCAGAGGAGACGAGAGUAACAGCACCAUGCUGUCGGCCAACCAGACGCUGAGAAAGUUGCAUGACAGGAGGACUCUGUCCAUGUACUUUCCCAUGAAGGUCCAGCAGGACUCCUUUGAGGAGCGCUCAGAGUCUCCCGACCUUCCGGAGCCACUCUACGAGGAGGUUGGAGACUUUGGCCUGCAGGUCCUCAAAUCCCUGGAAACCAGCUUCUUGACCAGUAAGGCUCCAGAAACCCAGGAGCUCCCUGACCACCUCCCGCUGGCACUGCUUCCGCGGGAAACUGCCCACAUGGAUGGAACUGGUGGACUUAGUCCAUUUCUGUCCAUGGCAGGUUGUUUGGACAAUGAUGGCAGCAGCAGCAGCAGUAUUGGCGGUGACGGGGAACCGGAAUGUGAUUCAGCGGACUUCAGCAUUUUGGAACAGCGGGACAUUCAUCCUGUGACCAGGAGGAGGCAGCAUCCGCACGCUGUGUGCACACCAUCACAGGAGUUGCUGCUGCAAGAACUGUCGUCUGCAUUCACUAAGAGACCUGAGGAUGAGCCGGUUGAGCGUCCCUACGAUGUCUGAUGGACCUUCUUCUGAAGGCGUCCUGUCCUCCGAAUUAUCGUCCCAGUCCGUCCACAAAUGUGGACCCCCUGCUGUUGAGUGAACAGAAUAAUUAAAGACAACAAUGGCGAUAAAUAUUAUCGAAGGGAAAGAAAAUAUUAAGAAAGAAUAUCGCGUUAAUCCAAGCAUUUGUUCCGUUAACAAGCUCGCGGCUGCAGCUAACAGCUACGAGUUAAUCAGCGCUUUUAUUUAUAGUUGAUGUUUGGUUUUGUGGGCGUCACGUUGAACACAGUUGACAUCAGAACACACCAGAACCCACUAACGUUUGUUUGCUAACAUAAGCACUACACGCUAAAGCUAGCUAGUUAAUGCUAAUGCAAAACCUCAGUAAACCUGAAGGCUUGUUUGCUAACAUGCUAAUGCUAUUCCUUCUUCUGAAGCAGUUUUUCUAUCUUUUCCUCCAGUUCUGUUCAGCAAAAAAAAAAAAAGAAAAGAAAAAGCUCUUAGCUUAAAACACAAACAUUAUUUUUUGCAAAUUGUAACACAAAGCUCUUAAUUUCUCAUCUGCAUUUAGAUUUAAUAAUCGGCCGAUAUUUACGCUCACUAAAGGUCAAACUCUGGCAUCAUGACACUCCAACGGUUCCAGUCUUCAGAAAAUAAAGUUACAAUUUUGAGAAAA